AUGGAAAACAACAAACGCAUAUUGAGAUCCUCAGUUUGGAAUACAAACUCGAUAAAUUCACUGCCAUCCAAACCGACUGCAAAUUUGGAACAACCAGUGAAAUUCAUUUCCAAUAAGACUUCACCUACUACUUCAAAAAUAAACGAAAAGAUUCAACUCAUACCACGAUCUUCCACUCUACAAGGUCUAAACCAAACCGAACUCACACUUCUCCGCAAGAAACAAUCACGACUUAAAGCUACCGCAUUAUCCACACUCCAAGAUUUACCAUCCGGAUUUCACAUGCGCAAUCUAUUAACAUCAACCUUGAUUUUUGCGCAAUAUGAAGCUGGGACUGCGGCAUGUAUUGAUCCCGCAGGAUGGAUAAUUACAUGUUCUCAUUGCAUUGGCGAGACGGAGGAAGAAUGGAAAGCCAAACCACGACAGUGGCUUUUAUAUUAUACUGGUCUUGCGAUUGAAGUCGAAUGUCGUUUUUGGGAUCGAAAACGUGAUUUGGCGCUGUUGAAAAUUGUGACGGUGGAAAUUGGUGAUGAUGUGAUUAGGGAUAGUAUUCCAGAAUUCUCAUUUGUGAAAUUGGGAGUUCAGGCUCCGGGAUAUGGGAUAGCUAUUAUAUGUAUUGGACAACCUGGAAGCGAUGAUUUGGAAUCUUCAGACAAUCGAAAGACAAAGUAUAAUCUUUUUGAGGUAUCAGAAGGAUCUUUUUGUGGAAUGACACAGGGACAGGAUCCGCAUGAGAAUUCGGAGAUUGGAGCACUGAAACAUGAUGCGUGGACUUAUUGGGGACAUUCGGGGGCACCGUUGGGGAGAGCUGAUGAUGGGUUGUUGAUUGGAUUGCAUUCUUCGUGGGAUGAGGAGACGGCGAUGAGACAUGGUGUUCCGUUGGUGGCGAUGAGGGGGUUUUUGGAAGAGUGUUUACCGGGUGUAAUGGGUCUAAGGGAUUGA